GAAUAAAAAGUUGCCGAACAAAAGGUCCCAAAAUAUGGAGCAAGAUACGGAGUAUAUGAAAUUGCCAUUAGAAGAGCGUUGUGUACAUAAGUCAUGGAGAGCAAGAUUACAUGGAUAUGAAGAAUGCGUAAAAACAUUUCAAUGCAUAGACGAUGAAAAAUCGCCAGAAUGGAAUAAAUUUUUAGGUUUUGUUAAAAAAUUUGUAUUGGAUAGUAACGCUGCAGCACAGGAGAAAGGUUUAGAGGCAGUGUUAGCUUUUGUAGAAAAUGCGGCUGUUGCGGGAAAAACGGUUGGUGAAGUUAUGAAUGGCAUAGUGACUAAAUGUAUUGCUGCACCCAAAGCUAAAACGAAAGAUUUGGCAGUACAAAUAACAUUAAUGUACAUAGAAAUAGAAAAACAUGAAACAGUACAAGAGGAAUUACUGAAAGGAACAGAGGCAAAAAAUCCAAAAAUUGUAUCUGCUUGCAUUGCUGCUUUGACUCUUAGUCUUAGUGAAUUUGGAUCAAAAGUUAUUAACGUCAAGCCUCUAAUAAAGAAGAUACCUAGUUUUUUAGAAGAUAGAGAUAAGAUGGUUAGAGAAGAAGGUAAAGCACUGGUCAUUGAAAUGUACAGAUGGAUAGGUGCUCCAUUGAAGCAACAAUUGAAUACCUUAAAACCAGUACACAUUACAGAAUUAGAGACAGAAUUUAAUAAUUUAGGAAAUGAAAGAGCUGUACCUAAACGUUACUUGAAAUCACAAAAACCAAAAACAACAUGUGUUAGUGAUCCAAUAAUGGGUGACGAUAGUGAAGGUGAGAAAGAAGAAAUUGACAGAGACGUAGCACCAGACAUAGAUCCAUAUGAUUUACUAGAACCCGUUGACAUACUUUCUAAAUUACCUAAAGAUUUCUAUGAAAAAUUGGAAGCUAAGAAAUGGCAAGAGAGAAAAGAAGCCUUAGAAAUUUUAGAAAAACUUGUGUCAAAUCCAAGGUUAGAAAAUGGUGAUUAUGGAGAAGUAGUGAAAGCAUUGAAAAAGGUAAUAUCUAAAGAUACAAAUGUAUUGGUCGUUGCAUUAGCAGGAAAAUGUUUAACUGGCUUAGCCACAGGUUUGAGAAAACGAUUUCAAUCUUAUGCAACAUCGUGUUUGGCGGCUAUUUUGGAGAAAUUUCGUGAAAAGAAGCAAAAUGUUGUACAAGCGCUUCGAGAAGCUGCAGAUGCAAUUUUUCUUAGUAUAACAAUCGAUCUUAUACUGGAAGAUACACUUGCUGCAUUAGAAAAUAAAAAUCCUGCAGUAAAAGCAGAAACUGCUGCAUAUUUAGCAAGAUGUUUUGCUCGUACUCCUUCGCCGAGUUUAAAUAAAAAGUUAUUAAAGGCAUAUACAACAACACUUUUAAAAACAUUAAAUGAACCAGAUCCUACCGUUAGAGAUAAUUCAGCAGAAGCAAUUGCGACAGCGAUGAAAUUAGUUGGAGAAAAAGCUAUGAUGCCGUUUUUGACAGACAUAGAUAAUUUAAAAAUGACUAAGAUCAAAGAAUGUGCAGAGAAAGUUGUAAUAAUAGUUAAACUUCCACCUGCGCAAAAGUCUUCAAAGCCUAGACCCAAAACAGCACCAGCUAAAGUGGAACAAAAUACAAAAUCAAAAGAAAAUGAAACAAAACCAAUGAAAAGGUCGAAUACUAAUACGACUAAACAAGGUUUAUCAAGAAAACCAAUUGCUUCUUCUUCAACAAAUUUAGCUUCUAAGAAAUCUUCAAAUGUGAAAGUAGAAAAGGAUUACAGUACUGAAGAAAUAGAGGAAAGAAUAGAGGAAAUGGCUUCGCAAAUAUUACCAAGUGAAGUAAUUUCAGGACUUGUAGAUAGUAAUUGGAAAACUCGAUUGUCUGCUGUUGAACAGCUUUCUCAGAUUGUAAAGGAUAUGGAACCAACAGACGUAUCUACACAAGUCAUUGUAAGGACAUUGGCAAAGAAAUCUGGCCUCAAAGAUAUGAACUUUCAAGUUCUAAAACACAGAUUGGAAAUUAUAAAAACUUUGGCAGAAAAUUAUCCAUUUUCAUGCACUGUUUCUGGAUAUUGCAUUAUAGAUAUAACAGAAAAAUUAGGAGAUGCAAAAAAUAGUCCAAUUGCAUCAGAGACACUUCUAUCGAUAGCGAGUGCUACUAGUUUUGAAUAUGUAUCAAAUGAAAUACUUGCAUUCGCAUUUAAUCAAAAAAAUCCCAAAGUUCAACAAGAAACAUUGCUUUGGUUAAGUAGGGGUCUUAUGGAAUUUGGCUGCACAGUUAAUGUCAAAUCUUUAAUAGAAAAUAUAAAGAAAGCAGUAGCAGCAACUAAUCCUGGUGUACGUACUGCUGCUAUAACACUAAUUGGCACUUUAUAUUUAUAUAUGGGAAGACAACUGCUUACAUUUUUUGAUAAUGAAAAACCAUCUCUUAAACAACAAAUUGAACAAGAAUGCGAAAAACAUAAUGGGGAAAAUCCACCUGUGCCUAUACGAGGUGCAAAAAAUAAGAAAAGUAAAAAUGACGAUACUGAUGAACCUGAGAUUAAUGAAAAAGUUGAAAAUAGUGACCAAAAUAUAAAUGACUUAAUUCCACGGGUUGACAUUAGCAGUCAAAUUACAGAAAGUCUUCUUAGUGAAUUAUCUGAUAAGAAUUGGAAGGUACGAAAUGAAGGAUUACAAAAAAUAAGUUCUAUAUUGAAUGAAUCAAAAUAUAUAAAGGGCUCUAUUGGUGAUUUACCACAAGGAUUAGCAUUGCGAUUAGUCGAUAGUAAUAGUAAAAUUGCACAAUCAACUUUAGGUAUAUGUCAAACGUUAGCUGUGUCAUUAGGUACAUCAGCAAAACAACAUUUAAGGAUUUUAUUACCUGGUUUCAUACAAUGUCUUGGAGAUAGUAAGGUUUGGAUAAGAACUGCUGCAAUUUCAUGUAUUGAUACAUGGGGAGAACAAUGCGGUUACAAAGAAUUCUUUGAUGGAGAAAUUAUAGGAGAUGCUCUAAAAUCUGGAUCUCCAACGCUCAGAGCUGAAUUGUGGAAUUGGUUGUCCCAAAAGUUACCAUUAAUUCCUGUAAAACAAGUACCAAAAGAAGAACUUCUUGUUUGUAUUCCUCAUUUAUAUAAUAAUUUAGAGGAUAGAAAUUCUGAUGUAAGAAAGAAUGCUCAAGAAGCUGUACUAGGAUUCAUGAUUCACCUUUCUUAUGAAACAAUGGCUAGAAAUACAGAAAAAUUAAAGCCUGGUUCAAGAACAGUGGUACUCGCUGCUCUAGAUAAAUCUCGACCUAACUUACCUAUAAAACCUUUAUCUAAGAAACAGUUAUCAGAUGAAAAUAUACAGAAAACCGUGAAAAGUGGAGGUGCUGCAAAAAUAGCUAAGGCAGUAGUCAAACCAAAGGGAGGAGCAUCAUCCAAACCAGGAAGUGCUCGUAAAAAGGAUGAAGAUGUCGACAAUAGUCCUUUGCUAGUAACUAACAAUCUAAAACAUCAACGAGUCAUCGAUGAACAAAAACUGAAGGUUUUAAAAUGGAAUUUCACAACACCAAGGGAAGAAUUUGUAGAACUACUUAAAGAACUUAUGACUGCGGCAAAUGUGAACAAGACUUUAAUGACGAAUAUGUUUCAUUCUGAUUUUCGAUAUCAUUUAAAAGCUAUUGAAUCAUUAACAGAGGAUAUUCCUGGCAACAGUAAAGCAUUGGUUUCAAAUCUCGAUCUUAUUCUUAAGUGGUUAACUCUGAGAUUUUUUGAUACUAAUCCUUCUGUGUUAUUGAAGGGUCUGGAUUAUUUGCAAACCGUUUUCAAUUUAUUAAUAGAGGAUCAGUAUCACAUGUUAGAAAAUGAAGCUGCAUCGUUUAUUCCUUAUCUUAUUAUUAAGAUAGGUGAUCCAAAAGACGCUGUACGUAAUGGCGUGCGUGCAUUAUUUAAACAAAUAGCACUUGUAUAUCCUGUCAGCAAAUUAUUUUCAUAUGUAAUGGAAGGCCUAAAAUCAAAGAACGCUCGUCAAAGAACAGGAUGUUUAGAUCAAUUAGGGUCACUUAUAGAAAAUUAUGGAGUUAGUGUAUGUCAACCAUCUCCAGCAGCAGCAUUAAAAGAAGUUGCUAAACAAAUAGCAGAUCGUGAUAAUUCUGUUCGCAAUGCUGCUUUAAAUUGUAUCGUACAAGCAUAUUUUCUGGAAGGUGAAAAAAUAACUAAACUAAUUGGUCAGAUAUCAGAAAAGGAUCAAUCGUUAUUGGAUGAACGUAUUAAAAGGGCAGCGAAAAAUCGUCCCGUAAAAUCAACAUCUUCUACUAGAAUUGUACCUACGAUCACGGACACUGUUCCUCUGACAGAAGAUGUAGAAAGUGACUAUAAAGAAGAAAAUGAAGAAAUCCCAGAACAGGAGGAUGAGGAAGAUGAAAUGUCUAAUAAUCUGACGAAAGUUAUAACAGCCGAAACAACAGAAAUUGAUAAUGAACAAUCAAAGGAACGCUGUAUAGAGCAGUCAACUUGUGAAGUAAAGAAGGAACUUAAUCAAGAUACUCAUCUACCUCCUAAAAAUGAUCAAGAUGAUGUUAACAUGAAUCCACUUCCAAUAGGACAAACAGAAGCAAUUGGACCAUUUGGAUUGGACAUGGAUUUUCUACAAAAAAUUGAAUCGAGUGCUCCAGUAAAAUUUAGGAAUCCUGUUCUUCAAGAUACUACUAUAUCUGAUAUCGAUGAACCAAUUAAUCUUAAUCCUCAUAAAACUCAAAUGAUACCAAUAUCACCACCGAAAUUAUUGGUACCAAAAUCGGCAACAGUAUUACCUGAAGGACCAUCUAAUUCCAAGGAAGAUAAUCUUGAACGUACUAUACUUGCAAUGGCUAGUCUCGAUUUACCUACAGCCAUACAAUCAAUGAACAGUAUUGACAACUUACUAAGAUCACAUAAAGCUUGUUUAUUACAAUCAAGAGAAGAUAAAUUCAUUAGUUCGGUGAAUAUGCAAUUAAAGUUUUUACAAACAUAUCCUUUACAUCAAGGAAGUGCAGACGUAUCUAAAGGAUUUAGAAAUACCUUUAUGGUGAUACUUACGUUUUAUGAUACUGGAAUACUUGCUAAAAAUGUUCCACUCAUACAUUUAAAAGAACUCGUUGAACAAAUGAUCACUUUACUGGCAGAAUGUAAAUUAGAACGUUUACAAGAAGCAGAAGCAUAUAUCAGAGUGGUAAAUAAUAUAGUUGUUAAAAUAAUCGAUAAUUCAAAUCACACAACAAUUAUAUGUGUAUUAAUAGAACUACUUCAUGCGUGUGCUGAAUCAAAUGCUCCUCCCAAAUAUGAAGAAUUGGUGAUGAAAUGUUUGUGGAAAAUUGUGAAAACAUUCCCAAAUUGGGCAGCAGAUUUGGAUUAUGACACUAUUCUCUUAGAAGUUCAUAGAUUUUUGAAGGAUUAUCCGACUACUUGGUGGAAGAAGCGUUGGUCUGAUACUCCACUAAGAACAAUAAAAACAGUUCUUCACAGUAUGACACGUGUUAAGGGAAGCACUAUACUCACUCAUCUGACAAAAAUAAAUAACACAAAUGAAUCUGAAUUACAUUCUUAUUUAAUAAGAUUAAUUGCUACAUUCAAACCAGAUGAAAUAAACACUGCGUCAAGACCAAUGUCAAAAAGCAAUAAUACAGUGAAGAUGCAAAAACAUUUAUCAAAAUCUACUCAUCAACAAUUGGCAGAAAUCUUCAAAAAAAUUGGAUCAAAAGAACAUAUGCAAGAGGGUUUAAUGCAACUUUAUGAUUUUAAACUUCAAUAUCCUGAUGCAGAUGUUCAACCUUUCUUAGUUAAGUCACAUCAGUUCUUCCAGGACUUUAUAGAACAAGGAUUACGAGAAAUUGAUCAGGCACGACGAAAUCAAGGAGUUAUACCAAGAAUGAAUCAUUACAAUACAGAAUCUACUACAACUCCUGAAAUAGAAGAAAAAAGUCUACUGGAUCCAAUGCACAGGCUUGAAAAACUCAGAUCACUUGAAGCACAGUGUAGAACAACCUCUAGUCAGUCAAAUCCAGUAUGAAUUGUAUACGUAAUCAAUAUAAUUUAAAUAUCCAAUAUUUGAAGGAUUAGUUCAUACAGUAUAACGUAUGAUACAUACACCCCAUCUUUAAUAUUUUCCAUUGUUAUAUGAUAACGUUUAUUGGCAUGGCCUCCUUAAUUAUAUAAAAAGCUAAUAGUAAAACGGAGGUGCGUAGUGUAAAUACAGAUAUUGCGUACGACUUAGUUUUAUUUCGUCAUAUAUUGAUGUUUCCAUGAUAUAUACAAAUAAACUUAGAAUAAAUGAUACAAAUUUUCCUAAAAUGUAUCACUUGCAUAGUUAGCGAAAGACUUCUUUUUAAUUUAAUCGUAAAUUUAGGAAGUAGCCUUUGCUUAGAAAAAAGUGAUAAUGAAAAUAGUCUUUGUAAAAUAUAGUUUGAAAUGGAAUGUUCAUUUACGAAGAAAUAAAAAAAUUCGAUGCAAACUCUGUAUUUCUAUAUGGCAUAUGUGUACUAUAUUCUAAAAUUCUAGAUAUAUAUAUAUAUAGACAAAAAGAGAAUACAUAGAUUGUAAAUUUGUCAGUUUUAAUAUAAUGGCCUGACAGAGAUUAAAAAAAAAUGAACGUAACAUUUUACUCCUAUAUGAAGUGGUAUUAAUAACUUCUUUCAUUAUUUUUACAGUUUUGUAUAGUUGAUAUUAUUAUUUUUAUGUUUACUAUAGAGUACUAUAUUACUAUUACUAUUGAUACUGAUGCGUUAUGAUUAUUAUUAUUAUUAUUAUUAUUAUUAUUAUUAUUAUUAUUAUUAUUAUUAUUAUGAUUAUUAUUAUUAUUAUUAUUAUUAUUAUUAUAAUUAUUAUUACUACCAUUGUUAUAGACUAUUAGUCGUUAAGAUUUGUAUUUUGAAAAAUAAGUAAUAUUUAUGAAUACGAAUAACAUGAUUUUUAAAUAUACAAUAAAUGGAGUAUAAUGUGUAUUUUAGACUGAU